AUGGAUCUCGCAAUAUCCGUGGUAACCAACGAGCUCGUGAACAGAUUCAUAUCCUUCCUCGCGAACAAGUACUACCCAUGCAACGGAUCGUCGUCCGACGAGAAGCGACUGGAGAGGCUGCAGCUGCUGCUCUUGAGAGCUCGCACCGUUGUGGAAGAGGCAGAUGGGCGGUACAUCACCAACUCCGGGAUGCUGGCGCAGCUCAAGGUGCUGGCAGAGGCCAUGUACCGAGGCUACUGGGCGCUGGGCGCAUCAAGGUACAGUUCUCUCGAGGAGGAAGAAGAUGAUGAUGAUGGACAAGAAGGUAGCAUCAGCGUAUCAUCUCGGAUCAAGCGUUGGCGCAUCAUUCAUGGCGGCGGUGGUGCUACAAAGCACAUGGAGUUGCAAGGUGCACUGGAGAGUUUAGAGACUGUUGUUGCUAGCAUGAAGGAGUUUGUUAUGAUUUUGGGCGGAUGCGACCAUAUGCUGCCGCGUAGACCAUACGACACAUAUCUUUACAUUGACAACUUCUUGUUUGGCCGCCACGCCGAGAAGCAAAUGCUCCUAAACUUCCUCUUGCAAGAUUGUCCUGCUCAUGCUUCUUCUGCGCCGGCCGUUCUUCCAAUCAUCAGUGGUCUCGCGGUGGGGAAGAGAACUUUGGUAGCACACGUGUGCAAGGACGAGAGGGUCCAAUCACGCUUCUCUUCGAUUCUGCGCUUGAAUGAUUCCGACUUUUACAGAAUAGCAGACAGUGGAAUUCUCGUGUCAGGGAGGACAUUGGUAGUUGUUGAGAUUGUGUCAUAUGUAGAUGACAAAGAUUGGGCCACGUUUUAUUCCUAUGUGGCAAGGAUGGACAGAGGAAGCAAGGUGAUAAUCAUUAGUCGCCUUAAAAGAGCAGAAGAAUUUGGGACAGUGAAGCCGAUUUUUCUCAAUGCCCUGACAUACCCGGAGUUCAGCUACCUCUUCAAGGCACUCGCAUUCGGGAGCGCUAACCCGAUAGAUCAUCAUCCUCGGUUAGCACAGAUAGCAGACAGAAUUGCCAUCGAGCUGCAAUCCAGAUGGUCGAUCCUCGCUGCUAUCUUGUUCGCUGAUGUCCUGAGAACAGAUCUGAAUGCCCAUUUCUGGUUAUCCGUAUUAAACAGGUGUACCAGGCUAGUGGAGAGGAACUUCUAUAUGUAUGGUGAGCAUCCAAAGCUACGUCUCGAGAGAGGUCUUGAGAUAGACGUGAGGGACUUUGUUCCGUGCCCAGCUUCUCCACUGAAAUUAGUUUGGAAUUGUUCAGACAGUGAUGUCGUCAAAAGGGAAUUGCCAAAGGUGACAUUUACAGAUUUGUUUGUUGAUCCUAUGCCAAGAGUGGGCAUGACUCUAGUGGCAUUUGAAUCAAGGAUUCCACCUUAUACUUCAUUUGAUCACAUUCUUUCGAGUUCUGAUCAGAAUCCUCCUCUGCCUGGGACCAAGCGUCAACGAGUGCCCUUUUAG